AUGAAGAUCCUUCAGUUGUUUGAGCAUCCUUUGGAACUGAAAGCUGUAUUGAAGUUGAAAUAUUUACGAGAGCCUUUGUUCAGAACAGCAAAGGACACCAGUGAAACUCCAGAGUUGAAGAGAUGUUACGAGUUACUAGAGGGCACGUCGCGUUCGUUUUCGGCAGUGAUUAUGGAACUACAUCCUGAGCUACGUAACUCUGUGAUGUUAUUCUAUUUGAUUUUGAGGGCGUUGGAUACGGUUGAGGAUGAUAUGACAAUCAAUCCAAAGAUAAAGGUUCCGCUCCUGCGGAACUUUUGGAAGAAGCUGGAGCUUACUGAGUGGAAUUUCACAGGAAACUCCGAACAGGAGAAAGAUAGACCAGUCUUAUUGGAAUUUACCAAUAUUUUGAAAGAGUAUCAUAAGUUGAAACCUGAUUAUCAGCUGGUCAUCAAAGAUAUUACCAACAAGAUGGGCAAUGGGAUGGCGGACUACGUUUUGGAUGAACAGUUCAACUUAAAUGGUCUUGAGACUGUAGCGGAUUAUGAUCUUUAUUGCCAUUAUGUUGCGGGGUUGGUUGGAGAUGGGUUAACACGGCUGAUCGUAUUGGCUAACUUUGGGAGCCAUGACCUCUAUGAUGAAUCGGAGUCCCUCUUCGAGAGUAUGGGGCUUUUUUUGCAGAAAACGAACAUCAUUAGGGAUUAUGCGGAGGAUCUUGACGAUGGACGCUCAUUUUGGCCGCGAGAAAUUUGGUCACAAUAUGUUGAUGAACUAGCAGAUCUAGCAAAACCCGAAUAUUUGGAUGAGGGAGUGUACUGCAUUAAUCACCUGGUCUUAAAUGCCUUGAGCCACGUUCAAGAUGUUUUGACCUAUCUAUCUUCUAUUCAUGAGCAGUCCUCAUUCCAGUUCUGUGCUAUCCCGCAAGUCAUGGCGAUCGCCACACUAGCCUUGGUGUUUGGUAACAAAAAAGUUCUGCAAACCAACAUUAAGAUCAGAAAGGGCACUACCUGUUAUCUGAUCUUAAAGUCAAGGACGUUUCGUGGAUGUGUGGAAAUAUUUGAAUAUUACCUGCGCGACAUCAGAAAACGCAUUACUGUGGAUGACCCCAACUACUUAAAAAUGAACAUGCAGAUCGCCAGAUUGGACCAGUUCAUUGAAGAAAUGUACCAAAACCACCUCCCUGAAUCUGUAAAGCCCCAAGAAACUGCUAUCUAUCAAAGAGUUCAAGAAAGAUCGGCAUAUGACUUGGAAAUGCUUCCAGUUCUACAGGAGGAAGAAUUCAAGUUUAAUAUGUUGUUAUCAAUGUUCCUCACCUUGAUUGCAGCUUUAAAUUACUAUUUUGGUGGGUGGGUCAGAUGA